AUGGAGCUGUGGCCACUUGUAUUUUUUUUUUUUGUGUAGUCAAAAAAGAGGGUUAUAAACAAAAUCAAAAACCCUUCUAGCCCUCAAGGAUUUUAUUAAGUGUUCUCCAGUGAUAGUUGUUGCUAGUUGUGAAAAAAGUCUGUAAAUACAAUGUCGGAUGGCGAAGACGACUUUAUGUGCGAGGACGAGGAGGACUACGGUCUGGAGUACUCGGAAGAUUCGAACUCUGAACCCGAUGUAGACCUAGAGAAUCAAUAUUACAACAGUAAAGCAUUGAAGGAAGAUGAUCCGAAGGCUGCAUUGCAAAGUUUUCAGAAAGUUUUGGACCUGGAAGGUGGAGAUAAAGGGGAAUGGGGCUUUAAGGCUCUGAAACAAAUGAUUAAAAUAAAUUUUAAACUGUCCAACUACAAAGAGAUGAUGACCCGUUACAAGCAGCUUUUAACUUACAUUAAAAGUGCCGUGACCAGAAAUCACUCUGAAAAAUCUAUAAAUUCAAUAUUGGAUUAUAUUAGCACUUCGAAAAACAUGGAAUUGUUGCAAGACUUUUAUGAGACUACACUAGAUGCUUUGAAAGAUGCAAAGAACGAUCGUCUCUGGUUCAAGACAAACACAAAGCUUGGAAAGCUCUACUUCGACCGUUCGGAUUUUAACAAAUUAGCAAAAAUACUGAAACAGCUUCAUCAGAGUUGUCAGGUAGGUAUUACAGACGAGGGAGAGGAUGACCUGAAAAAAGGAACCCAGUUGUUAGAAAUCUACGCCUUGGAAAUCCAAAUGUACACUGCUCAGAAAAACAACAAAAAACUUAAAACUCUUUACGAACAAAGUCUGCAUAUUAAAAGCGCCAUCCCCCAUCCCCUUAUAAUGGGCGUCAUCAGAGAGUGCGGAGGUAAGAUGCACUUGAGGGAGGGCGAGUUUGAGCGAGCUCACACAGACUUUUUUGAAGCUUUUAAGAACUACGAUGAGUCAGGAUCCCCAAGACGGACCACGUGCUUAAAGUAUUUGGUCCUUGCAAACAUGCUUAUGAAGUCUGGGAUUAAUCCUUUCGACUCGCAGGAAGCUAAGCCGUACAAAAAUGAUCCGGAGAUACUUGCUAUGACUAAUCUCGUUGUCAGCUAUCAAAAUAAUGACAUCAAUCAGUUUGAAUCAAUCCUCAAACAGAACCGAAAUAAUAUUAUGGAUGAUCCAUUCAUCAGAGAACACAUAGAAGACCUGCUUCGAAAUAUCAGGACACAGGUUCUCAUCAAACUGAUAAAGCCGUACACGAGGAUUCACAUACCCUUCAUUAGCAAAGAAUUAAACAUCGACGCUUCUGAAGUAGAGAGUCUCUUGGUCUCCUGUAUUCUGGAUAGCACCGUACGCGGCCGUAUAGAUCAGGUGAAUCAGGUUCUCGAAUUGGACAAAAAGUCGCUUUGCGCCGCUCGUUACAACGCACUUGAUAAAUGGACGAACCAGUUACAGUCCCUGCACGUAGCGGUAGUGAACAAAAUGUCGUAGUGAUAGUUCGAAGACUGUCUUUCCGUAUGAUUUAAAACUAUGAAUUAAUAUUGUACCAUAAUACCAAACAAUGAUAGGAGUUGAAAAAAAGAACAUCUCGACUUCAUAAUAAUAAAAAAAAACCUAACGUGA